AUGGCUACCACCGUCAUGAAGACGGGCGAGCAGCCCGCCGCGGCCGCCGUCGUGGACCCUUGCGGCAAGAAGCAGCCGGCCCACUAUCGCGGCUUCGUGGCCGGUGUCUUCUCUGGCAUUGCAAAGCUGUCCGUUGGACACCCAUUCGACACCGUCAAGGUACGGUUGCAGACGACGGACAAGUCUCAGUUUCGAGGGCCGCUGGACUGUCUGCUGCAGACGGUGCGCAGAGAAGGCUUCGCAGGCCUCUACAAGGGUGCAACACCGCCGCUGGUGGGAUGGAUGUUCAUGGACUCCAUCAUGCUUGGCUCCCUCAGCGUCUACCGCCGUGAGCUGAACGAGCGCUUCUUCCACCCUCGCCAGCCGGGCGGUGAGCAGGGGAAGCUCCCUGUGGUGGGCCAUGCCAUGGCAGGCACCCUGGCAGGCUGGACGGUAUCCUUUGUCGCAGCACCCGUCGAGCACGUCAAGGCACGCCUACAGAUCCAGUACUCGGCCGACAAGAGCAGGCGUCUCUACAGCGGACCGAUUGACUGCCUGACCAAGAUCUUCCGAGGCCACGGCGUGCGUGGGGUAUACCACGGUCUGUCCGCAACCCUGCUGUUCCGCACCUUCUUCUGCUUCUGGUGGGGUUCGUACGACGUCUUCACUCGGCUCCUGCAGAAGCACACGGGUCUGUCGACACCAGCGGUCAACUUCUGGGCGGGUGGGCUGUCAGCCCAGAUCUUCUGGGUCAGCUCGUACCCGAGCGACGUGAUCAAGCAGCGCAUCAUGACAGACCCACUGGGAGCUGAGCGACGGUUCCCACGCUGGAGGGAUGCGGCAAAGGCCGUGUACAGAGAAAACGGGUUCAAGGGCUACUGGAGAGGGUUCGUGCCAUGCUUCCUGAGGGCGUUCCCUGCAAACGCCAUGGCACUGGUGGCUUUUGAGGGUGUCAUGAGGAGCCUGCCCGAGUGA